AUGGACGAACUAUUUUCAAAGCUAGCUCUUCAGACAGCAAAUACAGUAACUCGGAUAGCGAUCAACCAUGCAACAAAUGCAGCACUGGUUAGUUUAGAACAUGAUAUGAACCGUUUCCAUUGGAUUUGAUAAUUGAGACUCCCAGGGCCCUAAAGAGAAGUGUGACCUCUUACUUGCUAAAGCAACCCAAGACAAAGCAACAACAGCAUGGUAUUGAAGAUCUCCAGAGACAAUUGGAUCUACGGAUAAAAAAUCUAAAGCCUACGAUUGACAUCAUUGCCAGGCGAGUAGCGGAUGGGCAAGAAGACUUAGAGCCGGCUUUGGAAAUGUGCAAAGACCUACGACGAGAUAUUGAUAGCUUCGGUGCUGAUAUUGACAUGGAGUCAAAGACAACCACAACCACGCCCGACUUUGUGGCACUGCAACUUCGUAACGUCUUACAAAGAGUGGAUGAUACCAUCCCGUGGUUGCAGCUAGCUUUACGAACAUCGGAUAUUGAAAAAGGCACGCGAAGAGGAGCAAAUGCCUCGACUUCUCGUUUGCUGAGAGCUGCGUCUGUUCUACGUCAAUGCAAGGAUGGCGACAAAACAAUCGAGUUCAACUUGCGAUUGUAUUCUAUGUUCCUUGGCAAUGUCCGACCCAGUACGGCGAAGGACUUUACUUGGAAGGAAGACUACCAUAAGUGCAAGGUCACUAUAACCAAGAAGUCGGCAUUCAAGUACGAGCUUAAUAUCGAAGAAGACUUAGAUGAUUUGAGGUAUCAUGAGGAAGGUGAAAAGGCCGGACAGCUCAACUUUGACAUCAGUGAUCUCCAAAGAAUGUAUUAUACCAAGAGCGGCGAACUUUUGAACAUUGAAGAUUCCAAAACACCUGUACUAGUAUUAAAGAUAACCAAGAGUGCUGCUGCUAAUAUCGCUGAGACUUCAUCAGACAGCAAGGGCAAUACGUCCACGCUGAAGACCAUCAGCAGUGACGAAGCGCACGCUGCAACAUGGUACGCUCUGGAAGAAUGGAAGGAGGAGGAUGAUGAUGAGUCUGAUAAUGAAGACGAUGAAACCCCAGAAAAACAAAAAGCACAGGCGUCUGAGACCCAGAAAGUCCCCUUCCAUCCGACUCUUCCUAUUCUCGAAGCAACUUUACGACUAGCACAAUUGGAAAUCACGGAAGAAAUGGAUGUAUUGCAAGCAGGUGAUGACUUGAUUGAUUUAUACAUGAAUUGAGUUACAUGUGAAU